CUUAAAUCAUUCAUUACGAAAAGUCGAGAAUUAGGUGAUAAAAAAUGGGAGAUAUGGACCAAUAACGACUCGCUAGUCGUUCAUAGCACCUGCCGUAAGUGGUAUUUGAUGGCGUCAAUUAAAAGUGUGGCUGCAAAAGCAGCAAAACUGAAAUCUUUGAAGGCAUCUUGUUCUGCGCCAUCUUUUACAUCAUCGAAGACCUCGGACUCAGUAACUGCGCAAAAUGAAUUUAAUUUCCGUGAAUUGUGCUUGAUAUGUGGUAUGCCAUGGGAUCGUAAUCACCAGCAAAGCCACAUGGUGCAGAAUAAUUACAUAAAGGAAAAACUUCUUGAUAUAGCCAAACUGCGAGGCGAUUCCAUAGCUAUCGAAGUGAUGAAUCGAUUAAACGAUGUCGUAUCUUUAGUUGCUGUGGGUGCACGAUACCAUCAUAAAUGCCAAAAGAUGUUUUCGAAAAUCCUAUGUGACAACUCAGCUAGUGCAGAGAGAGAAGCGGAAGUACAGUCGGCAUUUCGACAAGUUACAGAGUACAUAGAAAAAUCACAAAAAGGAAAAUUUACGGCGGCGGAAUUAGACCGUGUCAUGAGGGGAAAAACGACGUAUGACAGAAUGUUUCAGAUGUUGAUGGACCAUUAUGGUGGGGAUAUCUACAUUUUGAAGAAACGAGGCACCGAUACUUUAAUUUUCUACAGAUGCUUUAGUACAACAAAAUUAUGUGGAGACUGGUACACUGAUCCCAAUUCUCUUAAAAAAAAACAGAAAGAAGCGUUAGUGAACGCUGCAGCACAAAUUAUCCGGAAAGAUAUUGAAAGUCAUGUUUAUGAACACGAUGUUUACCCGCCUGCUGGUAGAUUCCUUUCUUCAGUCCAACAAGACAUUCCUCCACUGCUUCGUACUUUUAUUGAUACACUAAUUGUACCAGAUUUACUGAACCUUACAGAAGAUCACGACGAACGAUAUUUCGUGCAACGUAGCGCGAUAGCGCAUUCCAUAUUAUCUCUUGUUCGGCGUUCCGGUUUUACUUCUCAUCUGCAGCUAGCCUUGGGAAUUUAUAUUCAUCGAAAGUGUGGAUCAAAGUUGAUAAUCGAUCUCCUCCAUAAAUUGGGUGCUUGUGUUUCAUAUUAUCAACUUCAGCAAUACGAAGCGUCAGUCAUUAUGGACCCACCGAAAUUUGUAUUCGAGGAAAACAUUUGCGUCCAGCAUGUCUUUGACAACACCGACCACAAUGUUGGAACUUUAGAUGGCUACAACACAUAUCAUUGUUUAGGAGGAAUAGCUAUAUACUCGCCGGAGGAAAAUGUAAGCUAUGAAGGUCGAACCAAGAAAUUGAAAAAUGCGUCGAACGUAUCAUCUGCAACGAUAGCAUCACAGAGCAUAAUCCGAACCAUUCCAUGGACAGCCCAUUGCAACGGAUUAGAUAACAUUGUAUACACCGACACGGCAAAACUGUUUUCUACAAAUUCGUCCGUACUGCCAGCAGCGUACUCAACAUAUCUAUGGGCGAAGCACUGUGAUAUAGAGAAUGUACCGAGUUGGAGAGGUUUUAUGGAGGUUUUGACGGCUGAUUCAACUUACAACGUUUCCAAAGUUGUUUGUCUACCCUUUAUCAAUCAUCCCCCUUCCAAUAUGAGUACCAUUAAUACAGCUUUACGUACGGCUUUAGCUGAUGCUCGACGUGUUAAUCAGAAAACAUGUUUUGUCACAUUCGAUCAACCACUGUACCAUAAAGCUCGUGAGAUAGUUGCAGCUUCUGAAGGCGAGCUCGAUGAUGUUGUAGUACGCCUUGGCGGAUUUCACUUGCUCAUGUCUUAUUUGGGCUCCAUUGGUCAUAUAAUGGAUGGUAGCGGACUCGAAGACGUUUGGGCAGUUGCAUAUGCUCCAGCAUCGGUAAAAAAAAUGUUAACGGGACACGCUUAUGCUCGCGCGAUACGUGCUCAUAUAUUGACAUUUACUGCUCUGGGAAUGAUGAUUUGCCGUGAAACCGAAGAUGAAGUGCGCACACAAUACGAGAGAGAUGUGAAAUCUUUUCUGCAAAGAUGGAGCACAGAACCUCCGACUAUCGGUGACUGUCAAGUAGAAACUUCAAUCGCUAUGAUGACAUCGGAAUUGAUCGCACAGUUGACCAUUUUAAAAAAUCGAGGACCUACUUCACAGCUAUGGGUGCAAUAUUUUGAGUGCAUUGUUAUCGCAUUACAAUUUAUAGAAGCCGAACGCUCAGGUAACUGGAAUUUACACCUUCAAAGUGUUCGUAAUAUGUUACCAAUUUUCCACGCUGCAGGCCAUUUUAAUUACGCAAAAAGCGCUCAAAUUUAUCUCCAAGAUAUGGUCAACCUAGAGGUGACAAUGACUGAUGAAGAAUAUCGGAGAUUUACAACGGAUGGGAAUUUUACAGUGCGAAGGUCUGACAAAGCUUGGUGCGGUGUGUGGACGGACAUGACGAUUGAGCAAACCUUGAACAGAUUUUUUGGCAUAGAGCUCAAGCACGGCAGAGGCGUUACACCGAGUGUUGUUGCGAGAUUUUUGUCAAUCAUGCCAUCGUCGUUCUCAAUUAUUAAGUGUUUAGAGGAUUAUUGUGGCAUUGAAUCGAUAACUAGUGCUCAACACGUUGAUCUAGCCAACUACCGCAUUCAGCGAGAUAAUGAGGACAUCAAGAAGUUUAUAUUUUGGUUUGAAGAACACGGUCCUUUUAAACAUCGAACUUCUUUGUUUUUUCUGUCAACCGGACUUGUCGGUGCAACAACUACCGAUUGUCAUUUGGCAUUUGAGAAAGGAAAACACGGUAUGGCAUGGAUGGUAGGGAAAACUGUGGCCAAAAUUUCAUUGUCUUCGUCCAAUAAAGUAAAAAAUCUGGCAGCAGUCAAAGUGGGGACCCACGUCAGUAAUGAAACUUUUAGCUCAGUAGACUCUACUCUACUGUUUCAACGGAUUUCCGUUUUGUUUCAUGGAAACGAAGCACAGACGCGAAAAGCGUUUGAGUUCGAACUGUCGCCCUAUCCUUUAUCAUUGUUCGAUGAGUUGGGUCUGAUGAGAAAAACAGCGAAGUCCGAGUUGUAUAAAAUAUUGAAACCUUAUGUUCUCCAAACAGAAAAUAUUUUACGCAAUGUGACCUUCGUAAUUGAUGGAGGAUUUUUACUGCACAGCAUGAGUUGGCCACAUGGAGCAUCGUUUGGAGUCAUAUGUGAAGUUUAUCACUCACAUAUCAUCAGUAAGUACGGAGAAAAUUCUUGGGUAGUCUUUGAUGGCUAUAGCAAUGACCAUAUUGGUAUAAAAUCUUAUGAGAGGUAUCGCCGACGUCAACGAAAUAUGGCACCGGAUGUAGAUUUCACCGAGAGUACACUUGUCACUUUGAGCCAGACAAGAUUUUUAUCAAAUACACUUAACAAAAUGAAAUUGAUACAGUUACUCUCCCAAUAUUUGAGUGCACGUGGCAUAAACGUCAAAGUUGCACAGGAAGAUGCGGAUGCACUCAUUGCAAGAGCCGCGAUUGAGCAGAGACAAAAGACAGGUCGUGAGGUGGCAGUUGUUGGUAAUGACACCGAUUUGCUGGUUUUAUUGAUUGUUUUAACACAUUGCAGUCGUAUUUUUUUUUAUAAAAUCACGCCAAAUUCUAAAAAAGAUACUUUAUAUGCAACAGACGAUCACGCUGAUUUGAAACCGUUUAUUUUAUUUGCUCACGCAUUUUCUGGUUGUGACACGACAAGUGCCAUAUAUGGAAAAGGAAAGAAAAGCCUCUUUUCUAUUCUUAAAAAAAAUUCAGAUCUACAGAAUAUUGUACAAACGUUUUACAAUGCUGAGAGUACAAUUGAAAGUUUAUGUAAAUUCGCGGAACAAAUAAUUGCUCAUUUAUAUAGCUUUAAAAAUUCGGACCAAUCGCUCAGUGAUGCUCGAUAUCAGAAAUUUACAACAUUAGCUGUUCAUGCCUCCGUAGAAAUUCGAUUAGCACAAUUGCCACCAACACAACCUGUCCUGCGUGAACAUGUCAAACGCACUUUUUACCAGAUACAAUCGUGGUUGAGCAAUGAAUUAAAUCCAGAAGACUGGGGCUGGAGACGAACGAGGACCAUGAUGGUACCUGUUAUGAACCCUGAGAAUUCAGCGCCUGACAAUUUGUUGACACUGGUAUCAUGUUCGUGUACUGGAGACUGCAAAACUGCUCGUUGCACUUGCCGAAAAUCGGGAUUACCGUGCACUCAGCUAUGCAAGCAUUGUGAAGGUCAAUCAUGCUCUAAUGUUGCCGUCAAUAGCAUCAGAAAUGAAAUGGGAAAUAUUGCUGGAGAGCAAAAUGAAGAUGACGAGAGACUACCAGUCAGCGAAUUCCUCAAUAUAGCUGCUGAAUUACAUCCUGAUGAUCCUGAUAAUUACGAUGAGAUAAACGGAAGUGAGGGCGAAGAAGAAGAAGAAGAUAUGGAAAUCGAAUAUAAUUUUUAUAAUAUGUAAUUGCAGAUUUUUUUGCUUAUUGAGGCCAAAAAAAUGGCUCUGAAAUUACCACUUCCCUAUUUCCUUUUUUGUAUCAACAUUUAAAUGUGAAAAAUCGAUUUUUUUUGGUAUUUUGUUCCUAAAACAAAAAUUUUUAAAAUAACGCUAAUCAGUCCAGUUGACGAAUUAUAGAGAAUCAAUGCACGAAUAAAAAACUUUGGAAUGCCCCGAUCCGUUCAUUAGUAAAAAAAAAAAACAAAAAAUGGUUUCAUGUCUUCAAUUUUAUUUACAUUUUCAGUUCAAAGCCGAUGAUGAGGCUUCCCAAAUAAUGAAAAUUCAUUAAAAGGGAGUCUGAGGUUUAAAAAAAAAAUUGAUAAGAAUUGACAAAUGAAGACUAAAGUUUGAGUUUCCUCUGUUGCAAUCAGAGUCAUGAAGUCUUAUUCAUUAGUUAUAUAAAAUGUAAAACGUAAAAUAAUUUUGCUAAUUCUUCUAGUCCUAUCAUAUACCUAUCAUAUAAUUCUUUUAGUUCCAUCGUAUCAUACAGGGAAUAUUUAUAAUAAUUUUAAUAUUUUCAUUUGCUAGUUUUUGAAGAGCUGAAAUUUUUGUACAAUUCUAUUUUAGCAGGAUUGGAAAUCUCUUCCUAUCUUUUUCUAAGUCCAAAAUAGGAUGAAAUUGUUACAUUGUCAUGCGUGGAAAUUAUGACAAACUUCUGAAUAAACUUUUGAACAUUUCCAAACUUUGUAAAACCUGAUUUUUUGAAAAAGUUGUAACUCUUUAAAUGUGCGGAAAUCAUCUGUAUUUAUAUAUUUCUUCCAGAAGAUCCUAUUGCAUAAAAAAAUAAAAAUAAAAAUAGCGGUUCUGAUAUAUAUUCAAAAAUAGCGGUCAUGGCCACAAAAUAGUACAGAGUGUCUGAUAUAUAUAAUUAUUGUAGAUACUACAAUAAAUCAUCAUUAUAGUAUAACAUUUUUUUAAAUAGAUAAUAAUAGUACAUUAUAACACUAGGACGAAAAAGUUUUUCGUACGCGUGUUAUACGAAAUUUUAUAUUACGAGGUGCGGAAA